GCGCCAGGAACCUCGAAACCCUGGCCCAGAGCGGAAAUCUGUCGCCGCCGAUUCGGAGCUGAGUCCACCAUGGCCGCCGGCGAGCAGCACAGCGCCCCGAAGAUCUCCUCUUCCACCACCACCAAUUCUUCCGGGAGGCCCGUCACUCCGUUCUGGAAAGAGAAGUACGAGCGAGAUGCGCGCAGGUACUGGGAUAUCUUCUACAAGCGCCACGAGGACAAGUUCUUCAAAGACCGACACUACUUGGAUAAAGAAUGGGGGAAGUACUUUGAAGCCCAAGAUGGUGGAAAUAUGGUUGUUUUGGAGGUUGGCUGUGGAGCUGGAAAUACAAUAUUUCCACUGCUGGCUACAUAUCCGGAUAUAUUUGUUCAUGCUUGUGAUUUUUCUUCGCGAGCUGUCGAUUUGGUUAAGAAACACAAGGACUUCAGACCUGACCAUGUUAAUGCAUUUGCAUGUGAUAUUACAUCAGAACAACUGACAGAUGCUGUGGAGCCAUCCUCCGUUGACCUUGUGACAAUGAUAUUUAUGCUAUCUGCAGUUGCCCCAGAUAAAAUGCCUUCAGUUCUGCAGAACGUGAAAAAUAUCCUCAAACACGGUGGCCGUGUGCUCUUUCGGGACUAUGCCUUUGGUGACCUUGCUCAGGAAAGGCUUAUGUCCAAAGGCCAGCAAAUAAGUGAGAACUUUUAUGUCAGAGGUGAUGGCACGCGUGCGUACUACUUUUCAAACGAGUACCUGGUGGAUUUAUUCUCAAAAUGUGGAUUUACUCUUGAGGAAAUUUGUGUACACAACAAAAAGGUCGAGAACCGUUCACUAGACUUGGUGAUGAACAGGAAUUGGAUCCAAGCUACCUUUAUCCUUAACCCAGCGGGUCCUCUAAGUCCAAAUAAUCAACAUGACCACAGUACUUGUGAAGGGAAGGAUGCUGUUGACACGUCUCAGAAGAGCGAAAGUGAAGAAAUUGACCUUUCUGUGGAUUUUAGCAAUAUGUUUGGAACGUCGCACUAUCUUAAUGAGGCACAAAUUAUUAUGAUUAAAGCAAAGGAUCAUGACUUCAAAAUAAAAAUGCUGGCGAAAGAAUACCAGCACACCUGCAAAUCAACUGGACUAAUGCUCUGGGAAUCAGCUCAGUUCAUGUGCAGUCUUCUAGCGGAGAAUCCUUCCAUAGUCGCUGGCAAAAGGGUGCUGGAAAUGGGCUGUGGUUCAGCUGGCAUCUGCUCAAUGGUUGCUGCCAGUUCUGCUCAGUUUGUUGUAGCCACCGACGGGGAUGCAGAAUCGCUCGAUCUUCUCAGACAGAACACUUCCUCCAAUUUGGAUGCUGAACUUCUCAACAGAAUUUCGAUUAGGAAGCUGUUCUGGGGUGACGAAGAUGAUGUGAAGGCGGUCAGAGAGCUUUCUGGCGAUGGUGCAGGUUUCGAUUGCAUAAUAGGCACUGACGUGACCUACAACCCUGAUGCUACACUUCCUCUCUUCAAGACUGCUAGGGCACUGAUUUCUGACGGUGGCGAUGCUGGUUCAAAGGCAGCCCUUAUUCUUUGCUACAUCCAGCGUCGUGUUGACGAGGAUUCGAUCCUCUUAGCAGCAGAAACCCAGGGCUUCAGGCUCGUGGACAAAUGGAUAAAUGGAGUUCACGAGAGUAAUGGUACCAUUAGCUGUUGGUUCCGUGGCAAUGAUGUUUGUGGUGCUUUCCGGAAUGUAACGUUUUCCAUAUUGUACUUUGAGGUGAUACACACAUUGGUGUUUACCUGAAUCUCAUGGCUAACUUGCAGAUUUUGUUUUACUUUCCUGUAUUGGUGUAUCGAACGAAUGAAUGUUUUUUUUUGUAUGUGGCAGUUGUAUACUGAAGGAAUGUUAUUUGUUUUUCGUC